AAAACGUCUUCCUCUUCUUCAAUUUUUCUCAUUCACAUAUAAAUAGUAGUUAAUUUCAUAUCAUUCCAUAACAAAAAAUUUGUUCAUCUCCAAAAGUAAUGUUCCCUUUCAACAAUCUCUCCAAAUGCUUCAAAUUCACGGCCUCCCGCGACUGGUUCCACCGCCACACCUUCAUCGCCGCCGGCCUCCGCCCCACCACCACUGACCUCGGCGGCGGCACCAUCAUGCACUGCUGGGCCCCGAAAUCCCGACGCCAAUCCAAGCCCGACCUCCUCCUCCUCCACGGCUUCGGCGCCACCGCCACGUGGCAAUUCAGCGAGCACCUCCACCACUUCGCCGCCCGCUUCAAUGUCUACGUGCCGGACCUCCUCUUCUUCGGCGGGUCCCACACGGCGGGGCCCGAGAGGACGGAGGGGUUCCAGGCGAGGUGCGUGAUGAGGGUGAUGGCGGAGGGGCACGGCGUGAGGCGGAUGAGCGUGGUGGGGAUAAGCUACGGCGGGUUCGUGGCGUACGACAUGGCGGCGGAGUUUCCGGAGGCGGUGGAGAGGGUGGUGCUGUGCUGCGCGGGGGUUUGUUUGGAGGAGAAGGACAUGGCGGAGGGGCUCUUUAAGGUGAGGGACUUGGAUGAGGCGGCGAGUAUUCUUCUGCCGCAGACGCCGGAGAAGCUCAGGGAGUUGAUGCGGUUGUCCUUCGUUAAGCCCUUCAGAGGCGUGCCCUCUUGUUUCUUAGCCGAUUUCAUUGACGUGAUGUGUACAGAGUUUGUAGAAGAGAAAAGAGAAUUGAUCCAAACAAUACUUAAAGGAAGAAAGCUUUCUAACCUUCCAAAGAUUACACAGAGCACACUGAUAAUAUGGGGAGAACAAGAUCAGAUAUUUCCUUUGGAACUUGGUUAUAGAUUGAAAAGGCAUGUUGGAGAAAACGCAGAAUUGGUGGUCAUUAAGAACGCAGGACAUGCUGUCAACUUAGAAAAGCCCAAGGAGUUUGUUAAGCACCUAAAAUUUUUUCUUGAGGAUUCUAUUUCAUCUACAUCCUUGAAAAAUUAAAAAGAUCAACAUUAUUGAGGUUAUAGACUAGAAAAUUAAUAUAUAUUCUGAU